CUCUCCGCUCUGGGAGUGAGGAAGACAACAGGGCUGAGAGUGUGUGUGUGUGUGUAUAUGUGCGUGUGAAAAAGAAAGAGGCGGAGUGGGGAAGUUUUUAAAAUCGACAAUUGGAUUGACUGCUCUCAGACCUGCACUGCAACCAUGGGGUUAGGAAAAGGGAAAGAUGAGUACAAACUGGCUGCAACGUCAGAAGGCAAUGGCAAGAAGCACAAGAAAGGGAAACAGAAGAAGGACAUGGACGAACUUAAGAAGGAAGUCGAUCUGGACGAUCACAAGUUGACAUUGGAUGAACUUCACAGAAAAUACGGGACAGACCUAUCCAGGGGUCUUUCCUCCUCCAGAGCAAAAGAGAUUCUGGCCCGAGACGGUCCGAACGCGCUGACGCCUCCCCCUACCACGCCUGAAUGGGUGAAGUUUUGCAAACAGCUGUUUGGUGGUUUCUCCAUGCUGCUGUGGAUUGGUGCCAUCCUCUGCUUCCUCGCUUACGGCAUUCAGGCUGCUUCAGAAGACGAACCAGCAAAUGAUAAUUUGUAUUUGGGUAUCGUGCUGUCUGCUGUCGUCAUCAUCACCGGUUGCUUCUCCUACUACCAAGAGGCCAAGAGCUCCAAGAUCAUGGAGUCCUUUAAGAAUCUGGUCCCACAGCAAGCCUUGGUCAUCCGGGACGGUGAGAAGAAGAGCAUCAAUGCUGAGGAGGUGGUACUUGGAGAUUUGGUGGAGGUUAAAGGAGGAGACCGGAUCCCCGCUGAUCUCCGGAUCAUCUCUGCUCAUGGCUGCAAGGUGGACAACUCCUCCCUGACAGGUGAAUCAGAACCUCAGACUCGUUCCCCGGACUUCUCCAACGACAACCCUCUGGAGACCAGGAACAUCGCUUUCUUCUCCACCAACUGCGUUGAAGGAACUGCCAGAGGAAUCGUCAUCAACACUGGAGACCACACAGUUAUGGGUCGCAUCGCCACCCUGGCUUCCAGUCUUGAAGGAGGGAAAACUCCCAUUGCCAUCGAGAUCGAGCAUUUCAUCCACAUCAUCACCGGCGUGGCCGUCUUCCUGGGUGUUAGUUUCUUCAUCCUGUCCCUCAUCCUUGGUUAUGGAUGGCUAGAGGCCGUCAUCUUCCUCAUCGGUAUCAUCGUGGCCAACGUACCAGAAGGUCUCCUGGCUACUGUCACUGUGUGUCUGACCCUGACCGCCAAGCGAAUGGCCAAGAAGAACUGCCUGGUGAAGAACCUGGAAGCCGUGGAGACGCUGGGCUCCACCUCCACCAUCUGCUCCGACAAGACCGGCACCCUUACUCAGAACAGGAUGACCGUGGCCCACAUGUGGUUCGACAACCAGAUCCACGAGGCCGACACCACAGAGAACCAGAGCGGCACCUCGUUUGACAGGAGCUCGGCCACCUGGGCGGCUCUGGCCAGGAUCGCCGGACUCUGUAACCGGGCCGUCUUCCUGGCUGAGCAGAGCAACAUUCCCAUCCUGAAGAGAGAUGUGGCUGGUGAUGCCUCAGAAGCUGCCUUGCUCAAGUGUAUUGAGCUUUGCUGCGGGCCCGUCAAGGACAUGAGAGAAAAAUACCCCAAGGUUGCUGAGAUUCCAUUCAACUCCACCAAUAAAUACCAGCUCUCCAUCCAUAAGAACACCACUCCUGGAGAAAGCAAACACAUACUGGUGAUGAAAGGAGCCCCUGAGAGGAUUUUGGACCGCUGCUCCACCAUCGUGCUCCAGGGCAAAGAGCAGAAUCUGGAUGACGAGAUGAAGGACUCGUUCCAGAACGCCUACGUGGAGCUGGGGGGACUUGGAGAGAGAGUGUUGGGUUUCUGCCAGUUCCACCUGCCCGAUGACCAGUUCCCAGAAGGCUUUGCUUUCGACACAGACGAGGUGAACUUCCCCACCGAGAAUCUGUGCUUCAUUGGCCUCAUGGCCAUGAUCGACCCUCCUCGUGCCGCCGUGCCCGACGCAGUGGGCAAAUGCAGGAGCGCUGGAAUCAAAGUCAUCAUGGUCACUGGUGACCAUCCAAUCACAGCUAAAGCUAUCGCCAAAGGUGUGGGGAUCAUCUCUGAAGGCAACGAAACCGUUGAGGACAUCGCAGCACGCUUGAAUCUUCCAGUGUCAGAGGUCAACCCCAGGGACGCCAAGGCCUGCGUCGUCCACGGAGGUGAGCUCAAAGAGAUGACCACAGAGCAGCUGGACGACAUCUUGAAGCACCACACGGAGAUCGUCUUCGCCAGAACCUCCCCUCAGCAGAAGCUGAUCAUCGUGGAAGGUUGUCAGAGACAGGGAGCCAUCGUGGCUGUGACAGGUGAUGGUGUGAACGACUCCCCAGCCUUAAAGAAGGCCGACAUCGGCGUUGCCAUGGGGAUCGCUGGGUCCGACGUGUCCAAACAGGCUGCUGACAUGAUCCUCCUGGACGACAACUUUGCCUCCAUCGUCACCGGAGUGGAAGAAGGUCGUCUGAUCUUUGACAACUUGAAGAAAUCCAUCGCCUACACCCUGACCAGCAACAUCCCAGAGAUCUCACCCUUCCUCCUCUUCAUCAUCGCCAACAUCCCUCUGCCUCUGGGAACCGUCACCAUCCUGUGUAUCGACCUGGGAACCGACAUGGUUCCUGCCAUCUCCCUGGCCUACGAAGCAGCUGAGAGCGACAUCAUGAAGAGACAGCCCCGAAACCCUCAGACCGACAAACUUGUGAACGAGAGGCUCAUCAGCAUGGCUUACGGACAAAUCGGUAUGAUGCAGGCUAUGGCGGGCUUCUUCUCAUACUUUGUGAUCCUGGCUGAAAAUGGUUUCCUCCCCAUGGACCUGAUUGGAGUCCGAGUCCUGUGGGAUGACAAACUCGUAAAUGACCUGGAAGACAGCUACGGACAGCAGUGGACAUACGAGCGGAGAAAGAUUGUAGAGUUCACCUGCCACACGGCGUUCUUCACCAGUAUUGUCAUCGUGCAGUGGGCUGAUCUGAUCAUCUGCAAGACCAGGAGGAACUCCAUCGUGCAGCAAGGAAUGAAGAACCGAAUCCUCAUCUUUGGGCUCUUUGAGGAGACGGCUCUUGCUGCUUUCCUGUCAUACUGCCCGGGCAUGGACGUUGCCCUCAGAAUGUACCCGCUCAAGCCAUCCUGGUGGUUCUGCGCCUUCCCCUACUCCCUCCUCAUCUUCGUUUAUGAUGAAGUCAGAAGAUACAUCCUCAGACGCAACCCAGGCGGUUGGGUGGAGCAGGAGACAUACUACUGAGUCAACACAAGAAGAGAGUGUGUUUUAUCAUCGUUUGCUGUCAUGUUACAUAUUUGUUUGAGAUGCCCCUCCCCCAACACAUACAACAACAAAACAAGCAUCAUUAAAUUAAGAAUGUCCUAAUGUACAUUUCAUUCCCAAUAAAAAACGUCCCCACGGUUUCACACGGAA